AUGUGUAACCGUAUAGCAUGUGGAUUUGGGUAUGUCAGGUCUACUCAUGAGUACAAGGUUGUUAGAAUACAUUACCUCGAUGAAUACUAUGAUGAAGGGAAUGUUGAAGUAUGCACACUUGGCAGUGGUUGUGGGUGGAGGGCGAUAGGUAACACUACCUAUGAAGUUGCCACGAUGUGUGGAGGUACGGGUACUUAUGCCAGUGAUGCUAUAUAUUGGACUUCAUACAAUUUCGUUGUGUCCUUUGAUUUGGCUAACGAAGAGUUUCCAUUGCAAUCUGUCCCCCCUCCUAUGGAAAACCGUCGGUAUGACGACGUCAUGUAUGAACUUGUGACUCUAGGAGGGCAUUUGUGUCUUUAUGUGGAUGAUGAUUUACACGUGGAAAUCUGGGCCUUGAUGAAAAGUAAGGACUCUAAGGAGACCUGGCGCAAGGAGUUUGAUAUAAAUUACGAAGCCGUAGAAGCUGCUGAUAUAGGUACUGAUAGAAGGAAGUUGCAGCCUAUUUUACUUGCAAAAAACAGAGAAAUCAUAUGCUUAUACGCUGACUCUGUGCUAUAUUGUUAUGACACGAAAACAAAUUUUUUGAAGAUGAUUUCCGACGAUACAUCAGCGGACUAUUUCGAAGCUGUCGCAGCAAUUGCUCAUGUAAAUACGUUGGUAUCGUUGGAAGCUAUAGGAGAAAAUUCAAAGAGGUAUACGGUUCGUCCACGCCGGGCUCGUACUCCAUGGGAUGAUGUUAUUGAUGAGUUGGACCGAGUUGCCCUAGGUGAGGAAAUUGAUAUUACGCGUUUCAGACUAAGGUGA